CAAAAACAAAAGCGAAUCGAGAAACGCCAUUUUCACAUAAGUCUAGCUUGAUCUCCUCUCAUCGCCGGAACACACAUGGCUACUGGUGGCAAAGUAUCCUUCAAAGUCACUCUCACUUCGGACCCUAAGCUUCCGUUCAAAGUAUUCAGCGUACCAGAGGGAGCUCCGUUCACGGCGGUUCUGAAAUUCGCGGCAGAGGAGUUCAAGGUUCCUCCCCAAACCAGCGCCAUCAUCACCAAUGAUGGGAUCGGGAUCAAUCCCCAACAGAGCGCUGGAAACGUGUUUCUGAAGCAUGGAUCUGAACUUAGACUCAUCCCGCGUGAUAGAGUUGGAGCUGCGUUUUAGAUAUUGAUCUAUGAAUCUUGUAACCAAUGAGGCAAUGAGUCCAAAAACAUAUUAAAAACUUAAAACAUAUUAAAACGGUUAUUGUACAACUUCGAAUAAAUAUUGUGAUGUUCACAUCCUCUUAGACAAGCAAGUGAACUGGUUUUGGUUUAAUCCUAUAUCUUUCUGGUCUGAUUCAUGGUUAUGAAGUUACAUUUAUAUCGCCUAUGAAUGUAUAACUUCAAUCUGU